CGUCCCCGGCACAUGCGCGAGCCACUACGCGAAACUCGAGUGCAACGUGAGCACUAUUAAUUAACGCGCUUUUUUCCUAGGACACAUUGGAUUUUUAAUCAAGCUUUUAUGAGUAUGCCAGUGAUAUUUAGGUGUCUAGUGAACUUGGUUGUGAAGUGUGUAGUGUCUUGGUGCUAAGUCUUCCACGGUGGUGUGGAGGAGCGGACAGCCUCUAGGACCAUGACGUGCAGGUCCAGGAGCUAGGUGGGAGUCGCUGCUGUAGCCAGAACACGGAACCCACCCUCAUGGGAGUGUAUGAGGUGCAACCCCAGUACACACCCGGGAUGCAUUGGCAGCAUCAUCCUGAGAGGCCCCACAUGCUCGCCGCCGCGUACGACCCAUCUAGAGACCUGAGUCCCAACCUGCCCACCACCUGCCACCCGGCAGGCGACUCUAUGUCCUCCUCCUCCACGAGCUGCUGCAGCUUCAAGACGGAGGCGGAGUUCACGCAUCCUUGCCGCGACUGCGGACACUACGACCCGGCCUCCGAGGACCAGGGGUUCUGCCGCAAGAGCUGCCAACAAGAAGAGUUCCGUGAGAGGAGAGAGGUUCCUCUGCAGUACCACCAGGUGGAGCCCAAGCAGGAACCUCCUCCUCAACCUGCUCCUGAAGACGAGGACGUUGUGUGUGCCGGGUGUGGACGGAGGAUAUCCGACCGAUUCUACCUCUUCGCCGUGGAGAGGAGGUGGCACAGUAGUUGUCUGCAGUGUUGUCAGUGUAGACGGGCGCUGGACGGCGAGAUCACCUGUUUCGCCAGAGACGGCAACAUUUACUGCAAGAAGGACUAUUACCGGUUGUUCGGCAUGAAGCGCUGCGGAAGGUGCCAAGCUGCCAUCCUAGCGUCUGAGUUGGUGAUGAGAGCGAGAGAGAUGGUCUUUCACGUCCACUGCUUCUCCUGCGCCGUCUGUCAGACAGUUCUGGCCAAGGGAGACACCUUCGGUAUGCGGGACGGAGCGGUGUUCUGCCGCCUCCACUACCAGGAGCUGCCUCCAGCGCCUCCACCAGACCCCUACCCUGGGGACCUGCACUACCACCCCCGCCUCGGCCCUGGCCCUACGCCGCCUCUGGCCGCCACUCCGCCGCACCCCCACGUCGACCAGCCGCGACCCCCCGCCUUCUUCAACGGCGCACCCACGCCUCGGCAGAAGGGACGGCCCAGGAAGAGGAAACCGAAGGACUUGGAGUCCAUGACUGCGAACCUAGGUGAGUCCUACUUGAACGCAGAAGCCUACCUCGACGUGGCAUUCGGCCCAGGGACUCCGGGGAUGGGCGCCAACGGAAGUCACCACCAGAGGACAAAGAGGAUGAGGACGUCCUUCAAACACCAUCAGCUGAGGACGAUGAAGUCAUACUUCGCCAUCAACCACAACCCCGACGCCAAGGACCUGAAGCAGCUCUCGCAGAAGACGGGUUUGCCUAAGAGGGUACUACAGGUGUGGUUCCAGAACGCGCGGGCCAAGUGGCGUCGGAUGAUGUUGAAACAGGAGUCUGGAGGCGGCAAGUCCGGAGACAAGUGUGGGGACGGCUCGGGGGCGGCGUUGGAGGCGGCGUACCAUCUACCGCCCCACGGCAGUCCACAGCAUUACCUGAGUCCGUCGCCGCUAGAGUGCAGCUCCUAGUGAAUGGACAAACAGAGUGAUUGUUUACGAGAUAUUGUGUAAUGAUUAGACUAAACUGUAACAUUGACCUUAGAUACUAGUGUAGACAUCCCAUUCGGAGUUGAAGACAUAUGAGGCGCUCACAAGUGGACAUAGUCCUAAAACAGACGCAGUAGGUUUUCAGCUCACUGGAACAUCACGACAAAGCAAAUAUCAAAAUUAUAUUUUCUUUGUAAAUGUUGAUAUUAAGAUAAUUUAUGUGAUCAAAAUGCUAGUUUACAUUGAUUUGUCCCUUUAGAUUGGUGUAGUUCAAAUCUUUGUUUGGAUACGGAAAAUCCCAAAUAGCUCAGUAUGUAUAAUUAGAAACAUUCAUUUUAUUUGUAAAACUAGCUACAACUGGUACAUGGAAAUGGGAUGUCUACUACUACUUUUCAUAGUCUAAGAUGGUAUACUCCAAGAUAAGUGUGGAGUUUAAGGCAAAGCUUACAACCUGCAAUUUUACUACAAUAUCAUUAAUGUCCACAACAAAUUUUAAUUACGUUAUUUUACAACCAAUAGUAAAUGAUUCAUUCAAGAGUGUCGACAGUGUUUUCUUUGUUUGAAGAAAAGUAUAAGCGGUAAGACGUAUGGUUAUUGUACAUCACGAAAAUGGAAAUGCACAGGACAUCUUGUUAUUUUUAUUUAUUUUUUAUUUUUUAUUAUUAUUGUGUGUUUUUGCCCCAUGGAAAUGUUCACGUUUAUUUCAUGAGGAAACCGUUAAAACCUAAUUCUUGUUAGCGGUACUAUUAUAACGUUGGCGGAUAUCAUCUUGAAAUGUUUCCAUUGUUCUUUCCAAUUAAAUAUGCAACAGAGCUUCGGUUGUAAAAUUAGAAAUUGCCAUAACAAUGUGAAUUUAUAAUAACUACGUCUUUACGUUGCCUUGGUACUCUAUAUAAAAAAAAAUAGUCAUUUGAACUAACUCAUGCUCUAAAAUCCAAUACUUAUAAAAACAUUUUACUUAACGCUAACAUAAAGAAAUUUGUUUAAAAUCUUAAAUAGCAUAAAAAUUAGGUCGUGUUGGUGGCCGCAGCAUAAUGAGGUGUUGCGGAAGUCAACGUCUAGUAACUGUGUAGCCAUGCACUUGCCGCGGAGGCGGACACUGCGUGCACAGGGUGUCCCGUAAAUAAUGUCACUUAGUGCACAAAUAUUGCCGCUUUGUUUAUGCCGUCGUGCGCAAGGUCUAAAUCACGCUCGGCGCGCCUACUGACGGUUACACGGCGAACACGCACUCCUGGCUGGAGCGCAACUUACUAACUGGUUACUGUGACUAUGCAGUUGCUAAGUAACAGGUUACAUUGGCUAUCCAACCGAGCUGCUAGAGAAAUAAAUAGUGGCGCCACCAACAAAGAGGACUGAGAUGUAGUUGUGCCACAAACAUUACAUGUUAUUGCUACGCUGUUACUCAGUCGUGUUAUUAAGAAAUAGGUUACUCAGACUAUGCAACUAGGCCAUAAAGUAACAGGUUGCCGUGCCCUGUUACAAACUGUUACAGCCCUGACACAUCAUACCGGUAGGACAGUCGAUUAAAUCAAGUAUCUAAUGCAUGAAAAAAGUUCUUAAAACUAGUUGACACUCUUGAAUUGAAUAUUUAUAUAUAGUUUCAUACAUUUGUCAUUUUUUAAAUUUGGUAUACAGUACAACGUUAGAGAAUGCAAACUAAAAUAAUCUAAUUUGCCACUUAUUUUGCUAAUAAAUAAAUAAAUCAUUUCCAAUGUCUCCCAAUGACUGACUACGGUACAGCUCUCAGUGUCUGAGACAUCAAAAACUAGUUAGUAAGCAAUCGCUAUAUUUAGGCUACAAUUUGCUCGUAAUUACCUACCGUAAUGGAGGUAAUGUGUAAAGUUGUACUUUAGUUUGUACAUAAGUUGCCCUAGCCUGGUAGGACUGAUGUAAACAUUUAACUUAUUUAUUGACAUCGAUAGAAACUAAACAUUCGCAAAUCGAAUAAUAGAUUCAUCGCACUUCUGAUAUUAUGUAAAUACGAUUGUAAAAUACGCAUAUAAGUACUCGAGAAAGUACGUCCUUUAGUUAAACUAAGUACCUUCAGUGCUUCUCAAAAUUAUAAACUAGAGUAAAAACUCUAAUUAAGAAUAGUAUAACUAAUUGUCCUUUCACAAUUUACGCUAUGAGCACAAAACUAUGUACCCUUUUGUUAUUUUUAUCUUUGUUUGAUAUUUCUUGUUAUUUGUUUUAUUUUGUAACAAAGAUUAAAUACGGGACGUAGAAGCAAUCGUAAGGGAGUGACUUAACUUAAUGUGGUUAUAUCGUAAACUACUUAGCUGAUGUAAAUAUUCCUACAAAUUGAGUUUUACGUAAAAUAUUUGUGAUGUACAUUUGUGAGCAGGGUUAAAUGUUGACGAAAAAAUUAUUUGUGAGAAAUUGCGCUUUAAAAACGAUUUUAUUUGGAAUUAUUUGAACCAAACUAUCGCUAUUGUAUUAUUUAAGGUUUCAAAAUUAAGAACCUAAAGCAGAGGAAAAUAUAUUUGUUUAGAAUAGUUUGUCUUUGUAAGACAACCAUGAAAUGGCAUUUCACAUGUAUUACAUGUUUUUACAAAUUUCCCACCUUUUGACCCUGUCUGUGUGAUGCGAGUUGUCGAAAUGGUUGUUUGUUUGUACAAAGAACGGUUUAUCACACCUUUGUAUUUGUACUUGUAAUAUAUUAACGAAAAUAUAUACUGCGACACUUCA